UACAAUUUGACUCAGAGCUAGCUCUUCUUCUCCUGGACAGACUGAAAAACAUAAUGUGACGUGAGGAGCAUCAGUUGUUUUGGAAGUCAUCAUGCUGAACAUCUCCAACGUAUUAUGGACAACUGCCCAGAGAAAUAUGACGAACAGAUUAUUAGUGAUGUCAGCACCACCACAUGCUGACUUCACCACCUGGGCUACAUUUGAAAUAAAGAAAUGUGAUGUCCACAAGCUGGAUGAAGCUCCGGCCGCUCAGGUGGUUCUGACUCGUGAUGAGGGUCUGCAGUACUACAGCACCAUGCAGACUAUUAGAUGUUUAGAGCUGAAGGCUGGACAGCUGUUCAACCAGAGGAUUAUCAGAGGUGGCUGCCACUUGUACAAUGGCCAGGAAGCCUGUGCAGUUGGUAUUGAAGCAGCAAUUAACUUAACAGACCACCUGAUCACUGCAUAUCGUUCCCAUGGCUUCACUUACACCAGGGGUGGGUCCCUUAAGAAAAUUCUGGCUGAGCUUGCUGGCCGAGCAGCAGGUAUUUCAAAAGGACGAGGAGGCUCCAUGCACAUGUACACUAAAACCUUCUAUGGAGGAAAUGGUAUUGUUGGAUCACAGGUUCCCUUGGGUGCCGGUUUAGCUCUCGCUUGCAAGUAUCAGAACAAGAGUGAGCUGAGUGUUUGUGUCUAUGGUGAUGGUGCGGCCAAUCAGGGUCAGGUUUUUGAAACCUUUAAUAUGGCAGCACUUUGGAAGUUGCCCAUCAUUUUUGUCUGUGAGAACAACAGGUUUGCUAAAGGUACGCCGAUGGAGCGAGCUUCUGCAAGCACAGACUUUUACAAGAGAGGAGACUUCAUUCCUGGUCUCAGGGUGGACGGGAUGGACAUUCUUUGUGUUCGUGAGGCGACCAGGUUUGCAGCUGAUCACUGUAAAUCGGGGAAGGGCCCCAUCCUACUGGAGCUUCAGACUUAUCGUUUUGCUGGACAUUUUGAGGGUGAUGCUCACCUAAGCUAUCGCUCACAGGAGGAGGUUGAUGAAGUCCGCAGAGAUCAUGAUCCUAUCUCCAUACUGAGGGACCACAUGCUCAGUAGCAACAUGACGAGUGUGGAGGAGCUUGAGGGGAUCGAUGUGAGAAUUAUUAAAGAUGUUGAGGAAGCUGCAGAGUUUGCUGUUACAAACCCUGAACCCCCACUGGAGGAGCUGUGCAACCACGUCUUCUGUAACAAUCCACCCCUGGAAGUGCGUGGCACAAACCCAUGGACCAAGCUGAAGUCUAGUAGCUAAAGUUUAUUAACUCCUUCUUACACCCACUGCAUAUUUUUUUAAAGUAUACAACAGUUAAACACAGAUGUAUGGAUCAGAUAAUGUAUCCUAAACAACCCCACAAACUCAAUCAAUCAGGUUCUGUGUUCUGUGCCAGUAAGUAAUGUUCAUCUUACAGCCAAAAUUACAAAUACAUUAUUUUCAUCUGAAGAAACAAUUCAUGCAGCUUCACUUUAUAAAGAAAAAAAAGAACACAGGAAUUGCAAAACAUUGGUCUUGUUUUGAAUGACCUCUUGUCUCAAGCUGUGCUGUCAAAAUAAAAAUAUACAAUUGAAAGUUUCAUACAUUAGUGUUUAAAUAUUUCCCAACUUUGCAGGUUGCUCAACUUCUCAACAGUAAUCAUUUUUUCAAAAAUAAUUUUCACAUUACUAUACACAGAAAGACACAGAAACAUCUUGCAAACCAGCACUUCCUGCUGCAGGUGUUAGCAGUGAAUGGAUUACAUUAUCAUGCUGGCACACGCCAAAAAUCCCAAAUCCAAUCAAGAAGAAUCUACAUUACCAAAAUCAAUUGGCAGAUUGAGUUAAAGGGUAAGUUUGGUAAUUUUAAUCUGGACGCUAUUUUUCCAUUUUUUCUAAGCCUCUGUGCCGGCAAUAGCCAUGGCCAGAGCAAUUAUGUUUUGGGUUGUCCAUG